CGAGACGCUGAUCUAAAAAAAACAACAGUGCAGCUAAUAUUAGCACAGCUAGCUAUGCAUUAAAGAUAGAAACCAUGGUCAAAGAGAAAUGAUGUGCCAUGCUAUUGCGUAGGCUUACUUGACCGUUUGCUGCUUCACUUUUGUCGUGUUUGUAAUUGUUAGAUAAGAAAUAGCAGAGCCGUUGAAUAUACUUUGCAUGGCCAGUUAGCUGAAAUGUCCUUCUCAGUCUUGUUGUAGCUCCAUUGAUCUAAUGAAAGCGCCUUGCAAUCAUGACGCUUCCAACUUUGCAGAACACAAGUGUGCUCUAUCGAAGAAUACUGUCGCAGUUCCCUCAAGACAUCAGCCUCGCAUUUGCCUAUGGAUCUGGCGUAUUUAAACAAAAUGGAACUAGCCAAGGUCAAAUGGGGAAAAACAUGCUGGAUUUUGUGUUCACUGUAGAUGAUCCAGUCACCUGGCAUACCAUGAACCUGAUGCAGAACAGAAGACAUUACUCUGUAUUAAAGUUCCUGGGUCCUAGGAAGAUCAGCCGGAUACAGGACGAACAUGGGGCUGGGGUUUACUACAACACCUUGGUACCUGUGGAUGGAAGGAUAAUUAAGUAUGGCGUGAUCAGUACUGACUCUCUGAUUGAUGACCUGCUCCACUGGAAGACCAUGUAUAUUGCUGGCAGACUACACAAACCGGUGAAGAUCCUAGUGCAGGGUGAGAACGGGAAGAUGCGUGGUGCGUUGGUGGGGAACCUGAAGAGUGCUGUGACUGCCUCCUUCCUUAUGCUGCCUGAGAGCUUCUCUGAAGAGGACCUGUUCCUGCAGAUCGCUGGCCUCUCCUACGCCGGGGAUUUCAGGAUGGUGAUUGGAGAAGACCGGUCGAAGGUGGCUAACAUUGUCAAGGAGAACGUGCAACAAUUCCGCAUUCUCUACAACAGCAUUCUGCAGGAGUGUCCUCAGGUGGUGUACAAGCCUCAGCAGGGGAAACUGGAGGUGGAUAAGAGUCCCGAGGGUCAGUUUGUCCAGCUGAUGGCCCUCCCCAGAACCCUGCAGCAGAGGAUCACACAGCUGGUGGACCCCCCAGGGAAGAACAGGGACGUGGAGGAGAUACUACUACAGGUGGCCCAGGACCCAGACUGUGGCUCUGUGGUGCAGCAAGGAAUAUCAUCAAUAGUGAAGUCUUCAAGCAUAACUCAGACUGCCAAAGGAAUCGCCACGGCCGGUCUGCUGAAGUCCGUGUCCUACAGCGCCAAGAAGCUCCAGAAGAUGUGGAAGGGCUGGAGAAGGAAGACGCCCUGAUCCCUUUCUACCUGGAUGAAACUAAUGUACCAACUUGAUCCCUUGGGAUCAUUGUUCAGGAGGAUGGAACAUUACAGAAAGUUUAAGAUAUAAAUGUGUUGUGUACAACAGAUACGAUUGUCUAUCAUGCACAAUAGGGAAUUGUCUCGGCUCAUUUUAUUACAUUUUUAUCUGCAACGUUGUGAAUGUUUCACCUAACUGAAUACAACCCAGUUACACAAAGACGUCCUUAAAAUGAAGCUCUGUUUUCCUGCACCCGUCUUAAUCUACGUGUCUAUAGGGUCUGUUGCCAGUUGUAAUCGGCCAUUACCUGGGGUGUAUUCAUUCCGCCAAACCAAACUUUUUAGUUGCAAAACGUUUUCUUCAAACAGAACAAAACCUUGAGUGCAGAUUGAUUUAAUCUGAACGAUUAACUGAAAUUUCAUUGGAGGCAGCUCUGGUGGAAAUUCUUGCAAUCCGCAUGUCAACUGCAUGAACAAACAUACACAACGGAAAUACUUUAUUAAAGUAAUGUGAAUAAAUUAUGGUUAAUAAGUGAUGAGCAGUAAUGGACAGUUACUACCAUCACGGGACUUAUCGUUUUAUUCUGCGUUGCAGCAUUCAACUCACAUAAUGCAUUUAAUGUCUACAAAAAUAAUUGAAACCAAAAUUGAAAACCGUUAUUAUUUUUUAAUAGUCGAACCGAAACGACCUCAAAAAGCACUCAUUGCUCAGCACUAGGAGGGACCUACCUGAAUUUUGUCUAACAGAGACUCUCGCCAAAACAAAAUAUUUUUUGCACCUAAAACGUUUUGUUUGGCAGACUGAAUACACCCUUGGAUAACAUCAUGGUACAUUGUGUGUCACCCACAAUGAUGUAAGGUGUGACUUUUUAUUGCACUGAAAAAGAGAAUGAAUUAAACAGUAUGUCACUCA